GCUCAAGAGCCAUUUCGGCUCAGGCUGUUUGCUCCGAUCUUCGAUCUUAGACGACACGUCACUUCGGGGGAGGUCCACCCGGGCGCGCGACAUCACCAGCGACAUGUCCGUGGUCGCCGCCUGCCGCUUGCCGCUGCUUCCCGCCCGCGCGUCCACGCCCUCGGCGAAGAGCGCUGGGACGGGCUCCACGGGCUCCUUCUCCGCGCUGCGCGUUCGGAACACCUUCCUGCACCUGGACUCGUCGGGCGGGGAUCUCGAGAGCGACUGCUCCAGCGACAGCGGAUGCCGCCCCAGCUCCGACCCCGGCUGCACCCGCGGCGUCUCCCCCGACGCGGCCUUCGAGGAGGAGGAGGGCUUCGCCACCGACGACGACUUCGAGGACAUGGCCUUCGGGCGCGGCAGCGACGCGGCGCAGGCGGCCCGCGCAGCGAGCGGAGACCAGGACGGCUUCGUCACCGACGACGACGAGGACAUGGCCUUCCGCUGCGAGCGCGACGCCGCCGCGCUCCGGCUCGCGAUCGCCGCCGAGGAGGAGACCGCCAGGCUCGUGUGGCGCGAGGCGGAACGGGUCCAGGAGCAGGGCCGCCAGCUGCGCGCCCUGCGGGCGCGCGCGGGCGGGGAGGAGGCCGUGCGCAAGCGCCAGGACCUCCGCGACAGGCUCGAGGCCGCCGAGCACGACCUCGAGCAGACGCUCGGCGCCCAGCGCGCGCUCGCGGAGGCCGUGGCGAGGCUGCUCGCGGAGGAGCGCCGCGCGCACGAGGGCUGCCGAGCCCUGCGCGCGGAUCUGGCGGCGGCCCUGGCGGGCUGCGAGGCCGCGCGGGCGGAGGCGGGCAGGUUCUCCGCGCUGAAGGCCGAGCUCGCGUCGGAGAGGCAGGCCGCGGCGGCGGCGCUCGCCGAGCGCGACCAGGCCCUGGCCGCGGUGGCGCGGGCGCGCGCGGGCGGCGCUCUUCGGUCGGCCGAC